AUGGACCACAAUUAUAAGAGCUGGUUCAAUCCUACUGAAGACGAAUUAAAACUUCCUCCUAGUCUUAAAUUUAAAUUUGAUACAGAUAAAUGGAGAAAAUUAACAGACGAGGCAUUCAAGGAUAUCUUUAGAUUAAGUGAACCAAUAUAUUUUCGAGGAGAUAAUCCUAAAACGCAGAACAAGAAGACUAGGAAUGGGUUUGAAGAGAGACUGGUGAAGAAAACAAGAGUGGAAUCAAAAUCUACUAAAGCAAAUGAUGAAUUAGCAAACAUUGGUCAAUUAACUGCCAAGUCAACAAAAACUGUUGAAGCAACAAGACUAGAUCUACAAUUAAACACCGAAAGAAACACAACGUUGAAAUCUGAUUCAGACACAACGUUGAAAUCUUCGUUCACCUUUAUAUCAAAGAAAAGGAAAGCAAGUUCAGAUAAUAUUGAGGAUAAUGUCAAGAAAUCGAAUAAGAUUGCAGCUCCAAAUUGUAAAUCCUAA